AUGAUUACGGCAUAUGCUGAAAAUGGAUUUACAUACGAGGCGCGUGAAAUAUUUGAACAGAUGCCGCAGAGAAAUCUGGUGUCGUGGAAUGCAAUGCUUGCUGCAUAUGCCCAAACGGGGUAUCUUGAAGAAUCAAAGGGUAUCUUUGAUGCAAUGCCAGAGAGGGAUUUGAUUUCAUGGACGUCGAUGCUUGUCGCCUUUACAGAAUCCGAAUGCAUGCAAAAGGCGAAAUACUGCUUUGACCAGAUGCCAGAAUGGGACCUUGUAGCUUUGACUGCGAUGCUUGCGGGAUAUUCUCGAUCCGGGCAUCUUGACAAGGCAAAGAUUUUGUUUGACGACAUGAAGCAUAACAAAGAGACAAAUCUAGUUUCCUGGAUUUGUGUGCUCAGUGGUCUAACUGAGAAUGGGAAACUAACAGAUGCUAAAACCAUAUUUGACUCUAUGCCAGAACAUGAUCUCGUUUCCUCGACAGCAAUGUUGGCAGCAUAUGCUGAAAAAGAGCAUAUUGUAGAAGCAGAAGGAAUAUUUCAAACUAUGCCAGAGGUGGAUCUGGUGUCUAGGAAUGCUAUUUUAACAGCUUAUUCAGAAAAUGGUAAUUUAGAUAAAGCUAAGGAAAUUUUUGACACUAUGGAAGAGCAUAGCAUAGUAACUUGGACGUCUAUGAUCUCAGCUUAUUCCCAAAACGGGCAUCUAGAGUUAGCAAAAUACGUGUUUGAUUCCAUGCAAGAGCACAACCUCGUCUCUUUCAAUGCGAUGCUCACAGGAUAUUCCCAGCAUGGUUACCUUAAAGAAGCAUGGAAAAUAUUUCACUCAAUGAAGGAAAGAGAUAUUCUCUCCUGGACGGCCAUGCUCUCGGCAUAUGCUCAGAACGGGCAUCUUCACAUGGCAAGACAUCUCUUUGAUUCCAUGGAAGAGAGAAACAGUGUUUCAUGGGAUGCUAUGCUUGCUGGUUAUGCCCAAAAUGGAAGGCCAUUGGAGGUUCUUGACAUCUUCUACUUGAUGGAGCUUAAUAUCAAUCCAGAUGAGGCUUCCUUUGUGUGUGUUUUAUUAGCAUGCACUCACCUUGGAAGAACCCAAGCUGGAAUCUCUUACUUUGUUUCACUAACUGUGGAUUUUGGAUUGAAAGCAACGAAGCAGCACUACUGUUGCAUUGUGGAUCUCUUAUCUCGAUCCGGAAGACUAGAAGAAGCUGGAGAGCUCAUAGCAUAUAUGCCAUUUUGUCCAGAUUCAUGGGAGUGGACAUGUUUGCUUGGUGCCUGCAAGAAUCAUAACAAUGUGGAGCUUGGAGCUCGAGUAACAAACAACUUGUUUAGCUUGAGUGAUCAAAAUGCUGUGACUUACCUGCUACUUGCAAGCAUUUGGAGCCUCACUAGCUUGAGUGGCUUUAAUAACUAA